UAUCUGUAGUAGUCACAUACGUAGCAUGCCGUGAAAACGAAAUGAUUCUAAAACUAGUUACACUCACUUUCGUGUCGUGCGUAGUCUGUGAUUCCUGUGUGAAGUACGAUUUCGAAGAAGGUUUUAAUGAUUUGUUUAGUGAUUACGGAGUGUGUAACACAUUGCCCUUAUGGAUUGUCGGCGAAUAUAGUACUUUGGGUUUAACUAGUCCAUUUGAGCAGAGUACCACAUUUAUUACACCUCUUACAACAAUGAGUUGUGCAUCAUCGCACUUAUUUACAUUGAACGCAGGUGGUAGAAUUGAAUUCAACAUUUAUAUGGAAAGAACACAUAACAAUGAUCUGAUCCAAAUUUUGGUGAACCAAGAGUUACCUGAUGGUUCAUCAUUUGUAACAGGAAUGGGUAUUGCUAAUAAUGUGAAUGGAUGGGACAUUUUAAAGAUAAACAUAGUUGGCCCAAAUUCGUAUCAAGGCUAUAUAUCCAUUAUGGGUAUGGCAUCUCCUGAUUCUAUACUUUUAGUUGAUUCAUUCCGAUAUGUACCACCUGACACGGGUGAAGAUUAUUGCCGCCUCUAUGAAGAUGAUCCAGAUCCAACGACUCCGGAGCCAACUACAACUCCAGAACCAACCACCACUCCUGAACCCACAACAACACCGGAGCCAACCACUACUCCAGAGCCCACGACUACUCCAGAGCCAACGACUACUCCAGAACCAACGACUACUCCAGAGCCAACUACUACACCAGAACCAACGACUACUCCAGAGCCAACGACUACUCCAGAGCCAACUACUACACCAGAGCCAACGACUACUCCAGAGCCAACUACUACACCAGAACCAACGACUACUCCAGAGCCAACGACUACUCCAGAGCCAACGACUACUCCAGAGCCAACCACUACUCCAGAGCCAACCACUACUCCAGAGCCAACAACUACUCCAGAGCCAACCACUACUCCAGAGCCAACCACUACUCCAGAGCCAACCACUACUCCAGAGCCAACCACUACUCCAGAGCCAACCACUACUCCAGAGCCAACCACUACUCCAGAGCCAACCACUACUCCAGAGCCAACCACUACUCCAGAGCCAACAACUACACCAGAGCCAACCACUACUCCAGAGCCAACCACUACUCCAGAGCCAACCACUACUCCAGAACCAACCACUACUCCAGAACCAACGACUACUCCAGAGCCAACCACUACUCCAGAACCAACGACUACUCCAGAGCCAACUACUACACCAGAACCCACCACUACUCCGGAGCCAACAACUACUCCUGAACCUACAACCACUCCUGAACCCACAACAACUCCGGAGCCAACUACAACCCCAGAACCAACUACCACUCCUGAACCCACAACAACACCGGAGCCAACGACUACUCCAGAGCCAACCACUACUCCAGAACCAACUACUACUCCGGAGCCAACCACUACACCAGAACCCACCACUACUCCAGAGCCAACUACUACACCAGAACCCACCACUACUCCGGAGCCAACAACUACUCCUGAACCUACAACCACUCCUGAACCCACAACAACACCGGAGCCAACUACAACUCCAGAACCAACCACCACCCCUGAACCCACAACAACACCGGAGCCGACAACUACUCCAGAGCCAACAACUACUCCAGAGCCAACGACUACACCAGAACCUACCACUACUCCAGAGCCAACGACUACUCCGGAGCCAACAACUACACCAGAGCCCACCACUACUCCGGAGCCAACAACUACACCAGAGCCUACCACUACUCCGGAGCCAACCACUACUCCCGAACCUACAACCACUCCUGAACCCACAACAACACCAGAGCUCACCACUACUCCGGAGCCAACAACAACUCCGGAACCAACAACUACACCAGAGCCUACCACUACUCCAGAGCCAACAACUACUCCAGAACCUACAACCACUCCUGAACCCACUACAACACCAGAACCCACCACUACUCCGGAACCAACAACUACACCGGAGCCUUCCACUACUCCGGAGCCAACAACUACCCCCGAACCUACAACCACUCCUGAACCCACAACAACAUCGGAGCCAACCACUACACCAGAACCCACCACUACUCCGGAGCCAACAACUACACCAGAACCCACCACUACUCCGGAGCCAACAACUACUCCAGAGCCUACCACUAGUCCAGAGCCAACAACAACUCCGGAGCCAACAACAACUCCGGUGCCAACGACUCUAGAACCAACAACAACACCGGAACUUACAAGUAUUCCAGAACCAACAACGACACCAGAGCCGCCAACAACAACAGCAAACGAUUAAAUUACAACAACAACCUCAACUACAACAACCCCAACUACAACAGACCCGACUACAACAACCCCGACUACAACAGACCCGACUACAACAACCCCGACUACAACAGACCCGACUACAACAACCCCGACUACAACAGACCCGACUACAACAACCCCGACUACAACAGACCCGACUACAACAACUCCGACUACAACAGACCCGACUACAACAACCCCGACUACAACAGACCCGACUACAACAGACCCGACUACAACAGACCCGACUACAACAACCCCGACUAUAACAGACCCGACUACAACAACCCCGACUACAACAGACCCGACUACAACAGACCCGACUACAACAACCCCGACUACAACAGACACGACUACAACAACCCCGACUACAACAGACCCGACUACAACAGACGCGACUACAACAACCCCGACUAUAACAGACCCGACUACAACAACCCCGACUACAACAGACCCGACUACAACAGACCCGACUACAACAGACCCGACUACAACAACCACGACUACAACAGACCCGACUACAACAGACCCGACUUCAACAACCCCGACUACAACAACCCCGACUACAACAGACCCGACUACAACAACUCCGACUACAACAACCCCGACUACAACAGACCCGACUACAACAGACCCGACUACAACAACUUCGACUACAACAACCCCGACUACAACAGACCCGACUACAACAGACCCGACUACAACAGACCCGACUACAACAGACCCGACUACAACAGACCCGACUACAACAGACCCGACUACAACAGACCCGACUACAACAGACCCGACUACAACAGACCCGACUACAACAGAGCCGACUACAACAGACCCGACUACAACGGACCCGACUACAACAGACCCGACUACAACAGACCCGACUACAACAGACCCGACUACAACAACCCCGACUACAACAGACCCGACUACAACAGACCCGACUACAACAGACCCGACUACAACAGACCCGACUACAACAGACCCGACUACAACAACCACGACUACAACAGACCCGACUACAACAGACCCGACUACAACAACUCCGACUACAACAGACCCAACUACAACAACCCCGACUACAACAACAACAACUUCAAUUACAACAAUCCCAACUACAACAACUACAACUACAACAACAACAACCUCAAUUACAACAAUCCCAACUACAACUACAACAACAACAAUGACCCCAACUACAACAACAAGCCUAAUUACAACAACCACAUCAGUUGAGGAACUUGAUCCAACGAACGGGACAGAGUCACCGGAUCCUUGUCUGACAUCACCUAUUCCAGACCCCGGCACUACCCAAAACCCGAAUAGUUUUUGGAAUCCACUUACUAUCACAAUGACAGUUGUUCUCUAUGUUAUAGUCUUUGCCUUAAUAUGUUUAUUAUUUUAUAGACUUGGAAAAAGGAAAAGAAAGUCUCAAGAUGCAAUCAUUAAUAAUAUUGAAGAUAUCCCUAGUACUUUAAAAGUACCGAGGGUAAGGAGUGCAUAUCCAGAUAUCAAUAUUAAUCUAUAUGAAAGAAAUUAUUCAGCAAUACCAUAAACGAAACGAUAUACCUAUAAACAAUAUUUAAGAAAUUUUAUUUUUCGGUACGUGAUAAUAUUAAAAUUAUUUUGUUGAGAAAAAAUUUAAAAAUACCAUCUUUUCGAAAUAAGAUCUGAAGUCACUGGCUAGGUAUGUUAUCGUGCCAUAUCAAAAUACCAUUGCAAUGAAUUUAUAUUACGAAAGUACUUAUUCGCUUGCGGCCUCAUCUAGCUAUUUGAAAUAUUGACGUGUAAAACUGUUAUUUUAUAACCUAUUUACAGAAAUAAAUAUCAUUUAUCAUUUUAUCACUUGUUGUAUCUUGUGUCAGGAGUCAGAAGCUUAAACGUCCAAAUGAAUAUAAUAUCCAACAUUAUGGGUUACAUAAUACAUAAUUAUUAUGGUUUCUUAAAAAAACGUAACUUCAUAUAAGUAUUAUUUUAACCAAAAAUAUUAAUAAUAUCUAUGUUUCAUAGUGACUGUGGAAACUGUUUAUUCAUUAUCAUCACCAUUACCUGUCGGUCUGCCAGCGACUAGUACCCGCGUUCCCGUUGAUAAAAGUGUCCUAUCAUCCACACACCCUGUCAGCUCAUACCCUGAUGAAAUUUGGUAAUAAUGUUUAUUGUUAAAUUGUUUAUUGUGUAUUGAAAUGUGUAUUGUAAUAUUGUUAAAAAUUCAAACAAAGACCAGUUUGUAUUGCUUUUUGAGACUACGAACUUCAUUUUUAGAACCUAACAUAAUAUGAUGGGCAUUCGUAAACGUUCUCAAAAAGUAAAUAGGUAUUAGAUAUGAUAAUUAAUAGAUAACAUUAAAUAAAACAAUAAUUUAUUGUAGAAGAUUAGUCUAAUCACAAAUACAUACUACUAGAGUGGUAUAAAUUAUAUUAUUACCUAUAUCAAGAUUAUGAUUAUAUUAAUUUAUUCAAUUGUUUAUAGGAAAGAUGAUUAUUUUUUUACUAUAUUACAUAAAAUUACUUAUAAGUAACGUAUACCUAUCUUAUAGGCACGAAGAACAGUAUAUACUCUAGUAUUUGUUGUGUCAUUAGUAGUAAUGGCUAGAAUGUACUCGAAUUUUAUAAUUUUGUAAAGCAUGAAGUGAUAUUUUAUAAAUAUAAUCAGAUAAGUUUUAUAUA